CAACUUGAAGUGAACAUGUGAAAAUUAUAUUGUGAUAAACAAAUCUUCCAAUUUUGUAUUUUAAUAUUUUAUUGAAUUGAAAAUUAAAUUAAUAGCUAAUUUAUUUAGUUUUAAGAAUGAGUUCAGAAAAUAAAAAUCCAAAAUUUAGAGAAUUACGUGUGUCAAAAUCAACAUUGAAAGCGAUCAAAAGCAUGGGUUUUAAGUACAUGACUGAUAUCCAAUCUGAAGUGUUGCCCAAAGCCCUAGAUGGGUAUGAUAUUGUGGCUACAGCAAAAACAGGUUCAGGGAAAACUCUAUCGUUUUUAAUACCUGUUGUAGAAUUGGUCAAAAAAGUAAUGGAUACAGAAACAUCAGCUACCCGUUGCAUUAUUGUAUCACCUACGAGAGAAUUAGCAAUACAAACCAACACAGUACUUCAAGACUUAAUUUCAUUCCAUGAUGGAAUGACUUCUGCAUUGGUUAUUGGAGGGGAGAGUAGAAAAGGACAGAGCAAUUUAUUAGCGCAAGAUGUUCAUAUAGUAGUUGCAACACCAGGAAGACUUUUUGACCACAUGAGGACCAAGGAGUUUAAUUAUAAACAUGUAUGUUGUCUUGUAUUGGAUGAAGCUGAUAAAAUAUUUCAGUAUGGUUUUGAGGAAGAUUUGAAACAAAUAAUCAAUAGACUUCCGAAGAAUAGACAGACAAUGUUAUUUAGUGCAACUCAUUCUGAAAUAACAGAAGCAUUGAUAAAAUCAGCAAUGAAAGAUGAUUUCCACACAAUAAAUACUAAUGAAGAUAACGACAGAGCAACUGUAGAAGGACUUAAACAAGGAUAUGUUAUAUGUGAAACAGAAUACAGACUAUUUUGGCUACAUAAACUGCUGAAAAAAACUCAAAAUCAAAAAGUGAUGGUAUUUUUUUCAAGCUGUAAAUCAGUUAUAUUUCAUCAUGAGUUCCUAUCGAAAUAUUGCAAUAUGCCAGUGCUUUGCAUUCAUGGCAAGUUGAACCAGGCAGAUAGAACAAAUGUAAUGACAAGCUUUUAUAAUGCGGAUAAAAUGGCACUGUUCUGUACCGAUUUAGCUGCAAGGGGAUUGGAUAUUCCAGCUGUUGAUUGGAUAGUGCAGUUUGAUCCACCUUCUGAUACAAAUGAAUAUAUUCAUAGAGUAGGAAGAACAGCAAGAGGUCUAGGGGCCGAAGGCUGUGCUGUACUAUUGUUGAGACCAGAGGAAAAGGAGUUUGUCAACUACUUGAAUGAAGCAAAAAUUUUCUUAGACAAGUACGAGACAUGGGAUAAAUAUAAUAAUUUACAACCAAAAUUAGAUGCUGCAAUGGAAGACCCAAAGUUUCAUAAAAUGGCUGUUGAAGCAUUUGAGGGUUACAUAAGAGCAUUUGAAGUGAAAAAAUUGAAACAUGUAUUUAAUUUGCUCAACAUGGACAUGGAUAUUGUUGCUAAAUCUUUUGGCCUAAAAGGAAAACCUGAUGUUGAUAUAAGGGUUGGCUUCAGUAAAAAGCACAGGCCCAGAAAAAGGAAGGCAGCAAUGUGGACUUCUAAACCAAUGCCAGAUAAAAUCUCCAAGUCAUAGUUGAUAAUAUUAAUAUGUACAUAUUCUUGUAAAUGGAUGUAAAUAAAACAUUUUUUGGUUAUAA